CCCUGCAUCCUAACAAACACGCCCUUAAAACCUACCUGCAGCUCGCCUCUCGUCUCCCUCGUUUCCUUUCCCCGGAACUCCUCAAUUCGGUCGCUCGAUUCAUGGCUUCGCCUCGCGCCGAUCUCACCCAUUGUUCAGAUAUGACUGCUUGCAAGCAGACCGCAUCCAUGGGCGCCGCCGCCACGGACGAGGCCGACAGCAAAUCGGCAGCGAAGAGAGACGGAGCGGAGGAGCGGAAGCCCUGGACCAAGUGCAAGAAGGGGAAGAAAGACAAGGGCAAUGUUUCACGCAGGUUGGCGGUGAAGAGCAAUGGAGCGGAGAAGCCGAAGACCCAUGACCUUUCCGAUGUUACACUGGGGUUGGCCGUGAUGAGCAUUGCAGAGGAUGAAGCGCUCGCCCUGCGCACCUACCAGAACAUGUUCUGGAUAAAGUACUUCAAAGGCGUCUGUGACAAGCCGUCCGUAGAUGCUAUUAGAAAGCAAGCUGCUGAAAACUGGAAAUUCUUUAACGAUUCGGACAAGGCCCCUUAUGUAGCCAAGGCCCAUGAGGUCAAAAUAGGCAUGGCUCGGAUUGCUGAGUUCAAGAAGAAACUGAUGUUGACGGAGGUAAUGACAAACAAGAUGGUGAAUCUGAAUAUGUGAACACACAAGAUCUCUAAGAAAUGUCUUGGUGGAUGGCACAAUUACUGCAACCAACUCCACAACCUGAUUCUGUCUUGGCCGGCACUUGGAGGGUUGAGAUGCAGGCGCAGUUGAAGCUGCCAUAUGGACAAUACUAGCAUUGAAUAUGUUUGUGCUCCUGGCUUUAGAUGUUGAACUCUUUGUGAUGUUUGCUUAGUAAGUGCUACCACUGUAUCAAAAUGCAAGGCGUUUUUUGGUUUCGCAUAGGGCAUGAAAAAUGUCUUACAUUUUGAUUGGGAGGGAGUAAUUUUUAACGUCCGAUAACUCAUUUUACUAUUA